AAACAGCUGCAACAAAAUAAGAGGCAAGUAAACAAAUGUUGAAAGCUCUGAGAAUCUACGGGGAGGCUCUGAGAUUAGUUCGGCGGCUGCCCAAGGACUCGAGGCCUUACUACGCCAAGUACCUCCGCGAGAAUUUCGUCAACUACAGAGAGGUCGAAGUUAGCGAUGACCAAGCUCUCCACGACCUCUACAAUCGUGCCUACAUUCACUCCCUCUGGGUCCUCAACAAGUACUCUGUGGAUGAAUCUGCGGCAGAUAAGUUGAAGAAGAUCUGCAGCAGUUAGUUGAGGUGUUGUUCUUCUUCUUCUUCUCAUUUGUAGUCAAAAUGAAUUAGUGGAAUACUAGACAAUGCUACAAUGCUGUGUAAGGAUUUUGAAGUAAUAAAGAGAACAUAUUUGGUUCGUUCUGCA